CCAUUUUCCAACCGAAACAGGAGAGAGAGAGAGAGAGAGAGAGAGAGAGAGAGAGUUUCUCUGGUUUUCUUCUUGUCUUUGCCGUCGUCAGCUGUAUCACCGAGUGGUGGACGACGUCGAUCGAAGUGAAGGCAAAAGCUUAGUUUGAGGAAAGUAAGAAUGAAGAAGAGUGUAGGGAGCAGGUAUUGGGGGUUAUUGAAACUGUUAAUUCAUCUACUGGUGCCUCUCUGCGUCCAUUUCAUCGCAGAACAGAUGACGGUUCCUUUGCUCGUCGAUGUUACCACCAAAGCUUUAUGCGACGAUGAUGAUGAUGGUGCCAAAUCAAACACCUGUCCUCAGGCCAUCUAUCUCAACGGCUUCCAACAAACGGUUGUUGGGAUAUUCAGAGUGGCUAUGCUUCCUUUCCUGGGCCAACUUGCUGAUGAGUAUGGGCGCAAACCACUGCUCCUUUUUACAAUAUCCGCCAGCAUAUUCCCUUUCGCUGUUCUUGCUUGGAGUGACUCAAAACAAUAUCUUUAUGCUUACUAUGUACUCCGUAUGAUUGCACAAAUCAUAAGUCAAGGAAGUCUUUCCAGUAUCUCUCUUGCAUAUGUGGCUGAUGUUGUGGAAGACAGUACAAGGGCUGUAGCAUUUGGAUGGAUUACAGGUCUUUUCUCAGUUUCAAAUUUCCUGGGAAAUCUGUUAUCUCGUGUUCUUCCUGAAGAUUAUAUUUUCGAGGUGUCCUUGCUCCUCUUAGCAGUUUGUCCAGUUUAUUUGAAGCUAUUUCUGGUUGAGACAAAUAAACCAGCUCCAAGGCAGGAGCAACACUCAUUUUCUUUGGCUACAAUUAGUAAUAGCUUUAAGAAGCAAUACAAAACCAUCAAGAAUGGUCUAGCUGCGGGUGCUAACAGUGGGACAUUGAACCGCAUUGCUCUAAUUACCUUCCUCUAUAAGUUGGGAAUGUCUGGCAUCACCAGUGUCUUAUUGUACUAUCUAAAGUCGGUUUUUGCUUUCAACAAGAAUCAAUUUUCCGAAAUCCUUAUGUUGGUUGGAAUAGGUUCCAUUCUUUCUCAGAUUUUGGUGCUUCCACUUAUAAAUGCUCUGGUGGGAGAGAAAGGAAUUUUGUGCAUCUCCCUGCUUGCAUCAGCAGCAUAUGGAUUAUUCAAUGGUUUGGCUUGGGCACCUUGGGUUCCAUAUAUGAGUGCCUCAUUUGAAGUUGUCUUUGUUCUUAUGGAACCAGCUAUGUAUGCUAUUGUUUCAAAAGCAACAAGUUCAACCAAUCAGGGAAAAGCCCAAGGAUUUAUCGCUGCUGUGAGAUCAAGUGCAACUUUGUUAUCACCACUUGUGAUGACUCCAUUGACUUCAUUGUUCCUAUCAAGCAAGGCCCCAUUUGAUUGCAAAGGUUUCAGUCUCUUGUGUGCUUCCCUUUUUAUGGUGUUUGCUCUGUUUUUCGCUUGCCGGUUAAACUUAGACAAUGGAAAGUCAGGUAGUGAUCCUGAGGACAAAAGUGACAAUAUUGAAGCACCUCUCCUCUCAUGACACUAUUGCAAAAAAUUGCAAAGCUUUGCCUACAGAAGUCAAUUGAGGAAGCACCAAGGCCUGGAAGAACUCCUGGAGUUUGUUCUAUAUUUUUAUUCUGUUGGGUUCAAAUUCUCCCAUCAGUCUUAAGUAUGCAUUGUAAAAUUUGUGUGCCUAUGAUGCAGUGUAUAUUUAUUGUUAGUUGUUCUGUUGUAUAUAUAAAGAAAUAUAAGUUAAUAUAGUACAACCCUCUUAAUCUUUGCCUCCCCAAAA